GUGCAGAGCAAAUUACAAGUUUAGUGUAUAGCAAUGUUGUUUGUAUUGGGAACCAUUUCAUCUAUGUACGUGGACGGAUUACAGUCUUAUUUAGAUCCAAAGCGUCGAACUUACUCAAAUGAAGAAGACUUUGGUUGAGGGAUCGCAAAGAAACUUACGUAGAGGUCAAGUUCAGAGGAAGGUCACGGCAGAAGAUCACAAGCGUCUCCAGAAAACUCGGGAAAGCGCUCGGGAAUGUCGUCUGCGCCGGAAACUACGAUACCAAUAUCUAGAUGACUUAAUACAAGCAAGAGAACGUGCCAUACUGAAGCUCAGGGAGGAACUGGAAACGUAUAAAGAAUACUGCCAUGAAAUUGACCAAGGAAAUAUUCCUGUAGGCUUAUUGAAAGAAUUGAAGCCUUCUAACAAUAGCGUAGAUGCACAACAUCUACCAUCGGGCUCGGGAUCCAGCGAAAAAAGCACUGCCUCACCCUCAUCCUCAUCCAAUGGAUCACCGACUGAUGGUGGAACCGACAAAGAUAGCAGUAGCUUCCGCGACACACAAAGUCUUAAAGGAAAUCAUUUUACGGAUAACUCUUCAGAUUCAACACAAUCCAAGUGUUCAAGUUCUACCUCAAAUAUAGCUGGCUGGGAAUGUUCCUCACCCUCCGUUACUCAGGGCAACAAACGAAAGAGGAAGACCAGCAGUCGAAAAUCAUUACUAGCGAAAAUGUUGAGUUUUGAGGACGAACUAUCAACAGAUGAAAGCUGUGCAGAUGAGGGCGAGGCUUCUACAGAAAGUAUCACUUUAAAAUCGCCGGAUAAUGUUACCGAAUCUAGCCCACUAUCCAAAACAGGAUCAGAGGAGUUUCUAGCAUCAAACGCAGAUGUAGAAGAAGGAAGUAAUGAGGAAUUAUGGGAGAAAUGUCUAAUGUCCGCCCUAUCGCUGUUUGAAGACUAUGGUGACAUUGUAUCUAUUGCAAACGACAGUUUGUAUGAAUUUUUAGCCGAGCAGAUAUUUCCGGUUCUUUUUUUACUUUUUAUAUUCCCUUACAAAACAGAUACAGCCUAUUCAGCAUGUUACCCCGAGACCCCCACCACUAGACAGUUAGCGGUGAACCCCGGUAACUAUGUCACGACCUCACUCACAACUUCACACUGUGAGGACGCAUGCUUGAGGCUGGGGUACUCCUUAGCCGGUUUGACGGCUGGAAAAGCAUGCUUCUGUGGAAACACCAUGACAGAAGCGAUGGCUUCUGAGGCCGCAUGCGUACAGACGUGCGCCGGUGAUGGUGAGAAAUGUGGAACCGACGGGGAGCCGCCGUAUGACAGCGUCUACACCACCGUCACUACCACCGUGGCUCUCAGUGGAUUCAAGAUGUUUCCUGGAGACAUGCUCCUGGAGUCCUUCGUUUCACAGACGCUGUACUUUAACCUGACCACUGGCGACAUUCAGUCCAUCACAGCUGUGACAUCAGAUAAAGGCCCGGAUCUAGGGCCUGUCACAACACUAAGCGUACCCAUAGUUCCCAGAAAGUCAAGACUGCUUAACGUCAAGGCCACUGUAACAGACACGGGGUCAAAGACACUAGAAACAAUCCAAACAUUCAAAGUACAAGCCAGAAUCCGCCUGAUGAGCAUGGAAUGCACGAACUACGUCGUGAGUAAUGUGCGCUUCGAUUGUUUUCUUCGGAUCGGCGUAGGAAGCCCGAUGACCGUUACUGUCGACAUGGAUGACGGAACUACUUUUCCUCUCCCUGUCCCAGAGUGCAAGGAAUUCACCAAGGGGAAGGCCUCUGGCCCUGUCUCUCCCGUGUCACACCCAGGCAGUAAUCUGUAUAUGUUAACCGACACAGUUGUCAGGACCAAUGCUACCCUGAUGGGACUCGAUUACACUGCCACCUCUACUGGAAACAUCAUUGUACAGAUUUACCGCCCGUCAUGUGGACCAGAUCUAACGCAAGCGUUCUGUCACAAAAGCUACUCCUGUAUAUCGGUCAAUGAAUCCUGCUACAACCAGCCCAGAGGGAGUUACUGGAUGACCAAGUGCGGGCCUGGAACCAUCUACAGCCUCGCUGUGGCAAAGUGUGUCAACAUGGCGACAGGUUUCGUUGUUGAAAAACCGCCAGCUACUGAUUGGUUGCAGCUGCCAAUCCAGUCUUUUGGCCUUGUACACGAGUUUCUCUUCAGCAUAGCUGAAACCGGAAGACACUUUUACACUAUCCCCGACGCCGACCUCUACAUCAUGGACCCUGGUGACGUAAUAGCUAUCAAAGAAGAUGGCGGAGAAUUCGAACUUUUGGACAUAUCUGAUAACUACAGAGAGUUUUAUUGGUCUGUAGGCGGAGAAUGGUCUAAUCGUGACACUCUUGGAUAUACCAUUUCCGGUUCAGGUGUGAGCACACUUUCCGCUAGACACGCCGUAGAAGCGUACUUUGCAAUGCCUGUUGGAGCCACAUUUAGACACACCUACGGCAGCGUCAUGGAGAAUUACAAAAAUAUUACCAUCACGGCAUCCAAUGCGAUUACUCAGCCUCCACUCAGUUAUGUCCAUGAGGUAGAGCUUAUGGUCGCCAUUAGCGGGGUCAUCAUUGAGGCACCCUUUGUAGGAGCAACCAAUGACUCAAUAGAACUCAACGUUCCACCACAUCCGGGGACUAAGGUCAUGUACACCUGGAGGUUCGGAACAGGUGACGUCAUGCACUCUACAGAGAGGGUGGCAAACUACACGUGGACAGAGGCGGGUGUUUAUACCAUCACACUGACGGCGGAAAACAAAGUCAGCCACGUGCAAGUCACGAUGAUAAAGAUGUAA